CAAAUUACAGAUGAUGAUAGCUGAUGUUACAGAUUUUUUUUUAUUUAUUUAAAGUCGGCAAUUCUAGAUAUUUUUUAUUGAAAUUUAUAUAACAAAUACAGUAAUAUGAAUUCUAAUACAUUAAAUAUUUGGAAUUGUAACAUUAUAUAUUUUGUAUUAAUUAUUAUUACUUAUUUUUGUGAUCCUACCGAUAGUGGAGCAGUUCAACUUACACAACAAAAUGUAGAUACAACUUUGGCUUUCAAUGAACUGGUAUUUAUAAAUUUUUAUGCUGAUUGGUGUAGAUUUAGCAAUUUACUUAUGCCAAUCUUUGAUGAAGCCGCUGAUGCUGUUUCUAAAGAAUUUCCGGAGCCUGGAAAAGUUGUAAUGGCGAAAGUAGAUUGUGAUAAGGAAAGUUCUAUUUCUUCUAGAUUUCAAAUUUCAAAAUACCCUACAUUAAAAAUUAUACGUAAUGGUCAACCGGCGAAAAAAGAAUAUAGGGGGCAGAGAUCAGUAGAAGCAUUUACUAGUUUUAUUAAAAAACAAUUAGAAGAUCAUGUUAGAGAAUUUAAGGAGUUAAAAGAGCUGGGUACUUUGGAGUCUAAUAAACGAAUUAUUAUAGGAUAUUUUGAUCGACGAGACCAACCAGAAUACAAUAUUUUCCGACGCGUUGCCACCAAUCUCAAAGAUGAUUGUCAAUUUCACGUUGGUUUUGAAGAAGCUUCAAGGCAAAUGCACCCACCCGGUCAACCGAUAAUUGUUUUCCGGCCGGACAAAGACCGUUCUAACGACCUAGACGAAACCUAUCCAGGAAGUUUAAACAAUUUCGAUGAAUUGCAUAUAUGGGCGUCGGAAAAAUGCGUGCCUUUAGUUAGAGAAAUUACCUUUGAAAAUGCGGAGGAAUUGACUGAAGAGGGUUUACCGUUUUUAAUCCUUUUCCACUCUCCUGAUGAUAAAGAAAGUAUUAAGCAAUAUAAUGAUAUUGUACAUAAUGAGCUUCUAGUUGAAAAACAGACCAUGAAUUUCCUCACAGCCGAUGGUAAAAAAUUCGCCCAUCCCCUACAUCACUUAGGCAAAAGCGAAAAAGAUCUACCUCUCAUAGCUAUCGAUAGUUUCCGACAUAUGUACCUGUUUCCCGAUUACAAAGAUAUUCAUGUACCUGGAAAAUUGAGAUCGUUCAUAAAGGACCUACAUUCUGGAAAAUUGCACAGAGAGUUUCAUUACGGUCCUGAAACCGAUUCUGAUACGGAAAAACAAGAUCAAACGACACCUCCUGAUAGUACUUUCAAAAAAUUAGCUCCAUCCAAAAAUAGAUAUACACUGCUUGACAAAGAUGAACUGUAGAUAAUUAUUAUUUUAAUGAAUUUUUGUUUUUUAUUUCUAGUGUUUUUUUUUUUGUAUUAAUUUUGGUCUAAUCGUAUUGGUGAAAAAAAAUAUACAAAAAGUG